CAUAAACUAUCUCGGAUAACCUACACGAUGCAAGCAAAUUCCAGACCGCGUUAGUCUCCGCAUAUUUGUAUAAAAUAAUUCGUAUUAAAAUUAAGACGCGACACCGACUCUUUAUUAUUGUCACAUCGAGGAAUCAUGAGCACGAAACACGUCUGCACGGGACAUCGUCGUCCAGCGCGUUCCGCGGAAUCCACGUACGACGAGGUGAUACACCAAAUCGACGAUAGCGUCUUAUCCGUCAAAUUAACUAAAAACAAGCAUCACGUUGAGACUACGGAUGAAGACGCAGUCAAGCCUGCGCCUUGCAUUCACGUUCAUUGCGUGGAUAAAUACGGUAACAAGUGCAAGAAGAACUGUCCAAAAGUCAAGGUGAUACAUAAUCAGUCACCAUCUCCGAAAAAAGCGGAGGAAGAAAUGCUCAUACUGAAGGCAGUACAGCAUACCACUCCCUCUCACGAUAUGAGACACAGUCUUGAGGUAGAAUUUAAGUCGCCACGGAAUUACAUUCCGCUACCAGAACUUGGACCACCCCCACCCAUAAUCGUUCCGAAAGAGACCAUUACCGUGAAACCGGAUAAGCCGAAGAAGAAAAGGAAGAAGUAGAGCGAUCGAGAUAAACAUCGGACAAAGUUUGCGAGCACCAUCUGCGGAAAAUAUUUUACUCGUGUACAGAGGCCUUACUCACUGCACAGAACCCUUAAUUUGCAUACAGCAGAGGCAACGACAAAGGAGCGACCAUUAGAUACAGCGAAAACGCGGAGCUAAUAAAGAACUUUUCUCAAAACCACUAUUUAAUUCCCACGUGCUCGCCCAUAAAAAUUCUUUAA